AUUUUGUGCAGAGGAAAGUGAUAAUGCAAGUGCAUACCAUACUUGAAGAAAAUAUGAUAUCGAUAGUGUCCAACAAGAGUUUAACUAAGAGUUGUUGGAAAAUAGCCGAAUUAGGUUGCUCUUCAGAACCAAAUUCACUAAUGUCCAUCUCUAAUAUCUUGAACAUCAUCAAUAAAACUAGUUUGAAGUUAAACAAUGGGAUAUCACCUGUAUUUCAAAUUUAUCUCAAUGAUUUAUUUGAAAAUGAUUUCAAUACCAUCUUCAAGUUACUUCCUGAUUUCUACCAACAAAAAAAAGGAGAGAAUGUUGAAGAAUGUUUCAUAGGUGCAACACCAGGAAACUUUUAUGGAAGGCUCUUUUCAAAUAAUUACAUCGACUUUUUUCAUUCCUCUUACAGUCUCCAUUGGCUAUCUCAGGGUUUGGUUGAAGAAGCAAAAUUGGACUUGUUUAAUUUGCCUGUAUAUCAUCCAACCAUAGAGGAAGUGAAACAAGUGAUCGAGGCAGAAGCAUCUUUUACCCUUCAAACAUUGAAUACUUUUAAAAUUGGUUGUGAUGCAAACCUACAAGAUGAUAUUGUUGAUUAUGUUGAAGAUAGCAAAAUGAGAGGGGAAUUCAUAGCCAAGUAUCACAGAGCUGUUUAUGAACCUCUUUUAAUAGCCGGGUUUGGAGAAAACAUCAUGGAUGAAUUGUUCUCAAGGUUUGCAAAGCUGAUAGCUCAACUCAUUGAGAUAGAGACAUUGGAGUUUACUAAUAUUGUAUUGUUCAUGACCAAGAAUCCUUGAAGAUGGUAAGGUGAAGGUUGUACUAAAAUCCAAGAAGAAUAUCAUUAAUAUGAAUAAAAUUUAGAAUAAGAUGGUAAAAUAAGGUUGCCAUAGUUUGAUGAUGUUUGUCCUUUUGAUUCUCGUAUUGUCUUCUUUUGUAUUAUUUGGUUUAUAUUAUGUUGUACUAAUUAAUAGACAUUUCUUUGACUA